AAGUCUUAGGCAAAAGGCAAGGCAAAGAAUGCAGAAACUGUAGUCAAGCAGUUCAUUUUUCUAUCAAAAAAAUACUUUCCUCUGGAUUAUAUUGGGGGGGUUCGUCAAUGGCGAACCAGUUGGGGAGCUUGAUGGAAUCAAUAAAGUCAAAGGUAAGGGCAAUGAAAAAGUCAAAGCCGAAUAAGCCGUACAUAAAGAUGGACAAGAGCGCCAGCGUUAAAGUGGAGAUCCGAAGCCGGAAGGCCAGGAAACUUAUCGACAAGACCUUGAAGGUCGCCGAUCAGCCCGGCAAGCGCUCCAUUUCAUAACCACGCCGUCGUUUCGUUUUUCUUCAUAUAUGAUUUGAUUUUCUUUUUUCAUUUGCUUGUAUAUCAAUACACACUUUAAUUUGGAGCAAGUUUUAGAUUAUCCAUUUUUACUUCCAUACUUAACAAGAUUUAAUUUGGGUUAA